AUGGGCUUGAACAUCCUCAUCGUAGGAGGAGGCCUAGGCGGUCUCGCCACAGCCGCCUACCUUCGACAAAAUCACAAGGUAACGAUUCUCGAACGAAAUCAUCUCGACUUCACGAAAAAUGACUACGGCAUAAGCGUCAUUGCAAAUGCCUACAACUUACUCCAAAAAGCCGGAAUCGAUAACAACAAACUCGACAUGGCAGUCAUGACAAGAGUCUGGGUCCGCGACUAUCAAAACCAAGAGAUCUUCACCCAGGACUUCCACACGCGGAAAACAGUCGGGGCACCAAGCGUUCUGACGAAACGGAGUCAUUUGCACAAGGAACUCCAUCGGCUUGCUACCAGUCCAAGCCUACACGGCAAACCCGCCAAGGUGAUCGAAGGCGUCCGAGUCGUAGAAGUAGAUACCUCGAAUGGCACGGUACGCAGUGCUGAAGGAAAAAUCUACACAGCCGACUUCAUCAUCGGCGCCGACGGCAUAAAUUCAGUCGUACGGAGUGCCGUAGUCUCCAAAUCAGGAGAAGGCAACUUCGAAGCAGAAGCCAAAACUCACGACCUUCUCGCAUACAUGGCGCAAGUCCCCAUCGAAGCCAUCGAAGCGACACCGGAACUCGCAUAUUUCGCCGAACCUGGACAUUUCGGGCUAGCCAGCUGGUCCUCGCCAAAUGGACGAAGUGACAAGCAAAGAAUUCUAGCUUACCAUAUCAGUCCCCGUGAAGCGCAAUUUGUAGGCUACGCAAAAGAAGAAGAAUUUGCUGCACAAUUUGAUGAACAGAAGACGACGAUUAUCAAAGGUAUCCCAGCCACGAGAGUACAAGCGGCAUUUACGGAUUUCUCUUCAGCAUUGACGAAUAUCUUCUCCCAUCAUUGCUCCGGCGAUGAAACCGUCGAGAUCUGGCGAAUUCGUGACAUUGAUCCGCAGGAUACAUGGCAUCGCGGCAGAGUUCUGCUCAUUGGCGAUGCGGCACAUGCUGUCACGCCACAUGCUGGGCAAGGUUGCAAUAGUGCUUUCGAAGACGCGGAAGCGCUGGGUUUCUUGCUCAAGGAUGCUGAGACAUUCGAAGACGUCGAAGCAAUGAUACCAAAAUUCUUACAAAUCCGAAAGGCGCGCGCUCAGGAUAUUGCGAGGUCCUCAAGGCAUAUGGGUGGAUUGCUGUCGCCGGAAGAACAAGCUCAAGCGGGAGAGUUUGAUCAGAUUGAAUUCGGGAAGAGGACGUAUGGAUAUAGGGGAGCCGAGGAAGCCUUGAAAGCUAGCGCUACUGCUUAG